AUGGCCGGCGUGGUGUUGGCGACGGCGGGCUAUGACCACACGAUCCGCUUCUGGGAGGCCGCGUCCGGCACCUGCAACCGCACAGUCAAGUACCCAGACUCGCAAGUGAAUUGUCUACAGAUCACGCCGGACAAGAAAUACAUCGCGGCGGCGGGUAACCCACACAUUCGCCUCUUCGAGAUCAAUAGCAAUAACCCCAAUCAUGUAACCAGCUACGACGGCCACUCCAGCAACGUCACGUCGCUUGGUUUCCAGCGCCAUGGCAAGUGGAUGUACUCGUGCUCGGACGACGGUAGUGUAAAGAUCUGGGACCUACGCGCCCCCGGUUGUCAACGCAGUUAUGCUGCUGGCGUACCCCUCAACUCGGUGGUACUACAUCCGAACCAGGCAGAACUGCUCGUGGGCGACCAGAACGGAGCCGUCCGGGUGUACGACCUCACUGCCAAUGCCAUGGCUACAAAACUGGAGCCGCCGACGGGCGAGACAGGAGAGAGCAGUAUCCGUUCUGUGGAUAUUGUGCGAGAUGGCAGUGCACUGGUAGCAGCUAAUAACCACGGCAAGUGCUUCUUCUACCGUCCGAAACCAGAGGGUUACUACGAGUUGCAUGGCUCGAUCCAGGCACAUAAUGGCUACAUCCUUAAGACACGGAUCAGCGCCAAUGGCAAGUUCCUGGCGACGUGCUCGUCGGAUAAAACCGCCAAAGUGUGGAGCCUCCCGACUGCGAUGGCCGCAUCGGCGAGCGGAGAAGCGGCCGAACCGGAGAUGCACGGCAACGGAUCUAUCAGCUCGCAGCGACAGAUGAGCUCGUCCAGUAUGAGCUCCACCCUGGGGCCGACGACGCCGCCUGUUCCGAGCAGUACGGGUCUCAUCCACACGCUCCAGGGCCAUCAGCGAUGGGUCUGGGACUGCGCGUUCUCGGCCGUGUCGUCGUAUUUGGUGACGUGUUCGUCGGACCAGAGCGCCCGCCUCUGGGACUUGAGUCAGGGGGAAGCCAUCCGCCAGUACAGCGGCCACCACAAGGCCGUCAUCUGCGUAGCUCUAAAUGACGCUGUCGCGGACUAA